AUCAGGUUCGAGAACCCGAUAAGCAAAUGCCAAAUUCUACGGAAGCCUCUAAGUUUCACGCUCGACUUCCACAGCAUCCCUCCGAAUUCGAACCCCAAAACCCUCGCGAAACCCGAAUUCAACUGCUCCCGGAAGAACAAGAAUGCUCUUCAAACGCUUUCCAAUCCAAUCUCCACUGAUAAGGAACGCUCCUCCACACCUCCAAUUCAAUCCCCAAAACUCCAUUCUCCCUUCCCUCCGAAACCCCUUCUCCACCGAAACCCUAGCAGAAGAAGAGCAAGACCACCACGACAGCGUCGGGACCGUCUUCCACAUCAUCACCACCUCCUCCUCGCACAAUUCCAUGAUCCAAUCCCUGAAAUCCUCUGGAAUUUUCCUCUCCAACGAUUUGAUUGACCGGGUCUUGAAGAGGUUUCGCUUCAGCCACGGGAAUUCCUUCCGAGCCCUUGAAUUCUUCGAAUUCGUCGGAAAAAGGAAGGGUUUUUAUCACACUCCCUUCUCCUACGACACCAUGCUCUAUAUCUUGGGCAGAAGCCGGAGAUUCGAAGAGGUCUGGCGAUUGCUGGUCGAAAUGAAGCGAAAAGAUCGCAGCUUGAUCACCACUAGAACGGUUCAGAUAGUUCUCGGUAGGAUUGCCAAGGUUUGCUCGGUUCGGCAGACCGUCGAGAGCUUCCGAGGGUUCCGAAAGCUUUGUGUCGACUUCAAUACCAAUUGCUUAAAUGCUUUGUUGAGGACUCUGUGCCAGGAGAAGAGCAUGGCCGACGCCCGGAAUGUGUACCAUAGAUUGAAGCAUGAGUUCAGGCCUGAUCUCCAGACCUUCAACAUAUUGUUGUCUGGUUGGAAGUCGGUGGAAGACGCCGAGGGGUUUUUCGAGGAGAUGAUUCAGUUGGGAGUGAAGCCUGAUUUGGUGACAUAUAAUUGUUUGGUUGAUGUAUACUGCAAAAAUUGCCAAGUGGAGAAGGCUCACAAGUUGAUCGAUAAAAUGAGAGAUGAGGAGAUCUACCCCGAUGUGAUUACAUACACUAGCUUGAUCGGCGGAUUAGGAUUGAUCGGCCAGCCCGACAAGGCUAGAGAUGUUUUGAAGGAUAUGAGGGAGCUGGGGUGCUACCCAGAUGUAGCAGCAUAUAAUGCUGCCAUUCGGAACUAUUGCAUCGCAAAGAGGCUUGGCAAUGCUUUUGCUUUGUUGGAGGAGAUUGCAGGCAGAGGGUUGGCUCCGAAUGCGACGAGCUAUAAUCUUUUCUUUCGGUGCUUUUAUUGGGCUAAUGAUUUGGAGAGUGCGUGGAGGUUGUAUGAGAGGAUGAGGAGUGAGGGGUGCUUGCCCAACACGCAGUCUUGUAUGUUUCUUGUUAGAUUGUUCCGUCGGCAGGAGAAGGUGGCAAUGGCACUUCAGCUUUGGAAUGAUAUGGUCGAGAAGGGGUUCGGAUCAUUCACAUUGGUCUCUGAUGUGCUGUUUGAUUUGCUCUGUGAUUCAGGUAAAUUGGAUGAUGCUGAGAGGUGUUUCCUUCAGAUGGUCGAGAAGGGGCAGAAGCCAAGCACUGUUGCAUUUAGGAGAAUUAAGGUUUUGAUGCGGCUAGCUAACAGGCAUGACUCUUUGAGGAAUUUGUCGGAAAAGAUGGCGAUGUUUGGACAUUUAAGUCCAGUUGACACUGAAAGAGUGGAUGAUUCAUCAGAAAUACCAUCCUCCAUUCUGCAUCCCUGUUGAAUUGACAACAAAUAUGUAUCUCAAUCAAUGCACUUAAGCAUAGGGUCUUUCUUAAACGGGCAUUUAGUGUUUGGAGGAAUAUCAACUUGAAUAUUUAAGGCAGGAUCAACAUUUUCAGUAGAAAGAAUCAAUUCCCAUCUGACCGUCUUAUAUGUAUUAGAACAAUUUUGCUAAAUUUGUGGUUUUUGGGAGCAUGGACGGUUGCUCUCUGUUGUGAUUUGACUGGGUUGAUGCAUUUGUUUGUAGCCAUGUGGAAAACUUUGCAUUACUUGGUAAAGAGAUGAUCCCCACAUGAACUGACUUGCAUUAAUAGGUGAUCUUUCUGGCUCAUGCAAUAAAGUAUUGCUUGAGGAAUUUCUGGCGAUCAGCACAACAGACAAGCACUCUAAAUGAAGGUUUGUUAUUGUAUAUGAUGCUGGUCUAUGUGUGUACCUCACUUUUUGUCACAGUGUUGUUUUUAAAUUUGGAGCCUUCUAGUUCCAUUAA